AGUAGCAUCGAAAAGAAGUGAAUUUCUAAUUGUAUGAUGGGAUUAUAUUUCGCCGCGAAUGGCAUGUAGCGAACAUCUUUAGGUCAACCAUGACUCCAUCAAAACUUGGUGUUCGGCAUCAAUGUUUUUGUUUAUUUUGCGAAUUUUGCAUGAUCUGAUGAUCCUGAGAAGGUUUCCAUUGGAGUGAAAUAAGAGAAACCACUUGACAACAUGGAGUCGUCAAGUGGGGGGAACAAUACCCCAAAGAUAAUGGUUUUCAGGCCAACCAUGGAGGAGUUUAAGGACAUGGCCAAAUAUGUGUCCUACAUGGAGUCUUGUGGGGCACACAAAGCAGGUUUAGCAAAGGUCAUACCACCAGCAGAAUGGGUUCCUAGGAGAGGGGGUUAUGAUGACUUAGAAAUGACAAUACCAGCACCCAUCACACAAGUGGUGACAGGAUGUCAGGGUCUCUACCAGCAGUACAAUAUACAGAAGAAACCACUGACAAUCAAAGAGUUUGAAAAACUGGCAAACAGUGACAGGUAUCGAACACCGAGACAUUUUGACUUUGAUGAGUUGGAAAGAAAGUACUGGAAGAACAACUUUGUAAAUCCAAUUUACGGUGCAGACAUUUCUGGAAGUAUCUAUGAUGAUGAUCAGAAAUUCUGGAACAUUAACAAGCUUGGUACAAUCCUUGAUUAUGUAGCUGGUGAUUAUGGCAUCAAAAUAGAAGGGGUCAAUACAGCAUAUUUGUAUUUUGGUAUGUGGAAGACAACUUUUCCUUGGCAUACAGAAGAUAUGGAUUUGUACAGUAUCAACUACCUGCACUUUGGUGCUCCCAAGUCUUGGUAUGCUGUACCCCCAGAACAUGGUAGACGGCUGGAGAGACUGGCGUCAGGUUUUUUUCCUAGCAGCUCCCAAGCAUGCCCUGCCUUCCUGAGGCACAAAAUGACACUGAUAUCACCUGCAAUACUGAAACAGUACUCUAUUCCAUUUAACAAGAUUACACAGGAAGCUGGAGAAUUCAUGAUCACCUUCCCAUAUGGAUAUCAUCAGGGUUACAACCAUGGCUUUAAUUGUGCUGAGUCCACAAAUUUUGCUACAGAGAGAUGGAUUGAGUAUGGAAAGAGGUGUUUGCAGUGUAAGUGUCGGAAAGAUGGUGUGAAAAUCAGCAUGGAUACAUUUGUGAUGAGAUUCCAACCGGACCGCUAUGCGUUAUGGAAAGAAGGGAAAGACAUAGCUCCCCAUCCAGAGGAUGACCAGAGCAAGCUAUAUAAACACAGGGAUAAAAAUAUAGCAAAUAACUCUGGCACAGUGUCUAAAAGGCAUCCUAUUUCAAAGUCCACAUCACCAAAGAAAAAGGAAAGUGUCAAGGAGGAAAAAGAAGAAGAAAAGGAAGAGUCAGACACUUUGAAAGUUCAGAUAAAAAAAGAAGAGGAAAACAGUGAUGAAAGUUGUAUUGAAGGAGAAAAAGAUGAUGAACCAGGAGAAAAGGACGACGAGCAAAGUACUGGUAGCAUGUCUGACGAGAAAGGAAGCAAUUCAGACAGUUCAAAAAAGAAAAUUUCAAUGUACUUGAAGGAUGUUCAGAAGGCUUCCGCUCCCACUAAGAAAGCUGCCCCGAGUUCAUUUCAGGCAGCAUUUGAGUCACUCGUUACUAACAAUACCACAUUUCCAAAACCACCUGUUCAUAUUGUUGAUGGUGUCCCUGUUAAAGUGAAACAACGUAAACGAAAAUCAGAGGAAAGUAAGAUCACGAAAAAGACUAAGGAAAUCUGUCCUACUGAAAGUGGUGAUGCUUCCACAUCAAAUACAGUGUCAACUGGGCUUGAUGAGAGAGUGGCAAUGCAGAAUGGUGACACAAAACAGCAUGUUGUGGUAGUCCCCAAGAAGAAAUCCAGGAAAGAUGGAAAUUCCCCACCUAAACGGAAAAAAGUUCAACAACCACACUCAGCUUACCCUUUCCUUCCCCUUAACCACCCGUCAUCUUCUGUGGCAAAGGGUAUAAAGGAAGAAUCUGAUUUUAACAGACUGAAUUUUUUGAUGCCAACUAUUCGAUGGAUCAAACAGCAACAGAUGUUACAGAACUGCAGUAACAAAGUCAUGGGAUAUACUAGUGGGAAAAGUGGAGAAAUACCAUUUGCUCAUUCCUCUGGGGUUUCAUUUGAGGAUUUAUUGGCAGCUCAAAACCGAGAAGUCAAGUGUGAGCCUCACAUUCAAUCACAUUCUCAACGAAAUCCUGUUAAAGCACAUGGAUCUCUGCUUAAUAAUUAUUCUCGACCAGGUACUAUAUUGCCCCCAAGCACUACAUUGACUGUCAAUACAGCUACCCUGUCAUCUGAGACUAAAGAAGAAACAGACACAGAAUCAGCUCUAGACCUUUCAGUUGCUACAACUUCAAGUACUGUAACUUCAUCUCCAGAAUCUCUCAAGAUUAGUCGGAGUACUGCUUCUCCUGUUAGAAAGCAAAUCACAGCACACCUGUCUGCUUCCAAAAGCUCUCCUCCUGCUAGUUCAACAGAUGAACCAGUUGCAGGACCAUCAAGUUCAAGUUCCAACAUAGAUUCUCAGGCUAUUUGGCCAACACCAGAACAGCUGAAACAGAGUAUCAAACUCACUGGACCUCAACACAAUUUAUUCAACAGCUUUAAUCAAGCAUUUGAGUUAGCACAAAGCAUGUUGAACAAGAAACGAGAUGGACAAGAACAGACCAAAGCCAGCGAAUCUUCACCUCCGCCACUAUCCUCAGCUUUAAGUGAUACUAUGGAACAUCAACCUUCUUUUGAAAGUGCUCCUCUUUUGAAACAGGAAACUGGAUUUGAUAAAACUCCUCCUAGAAAACCUUCAAAUUCUCCAGGCCGUUCUCAAUCAUCUCCCUCAGGGGGAGUGCAUUCAUUGACAUUUUCAAAGUUAGUUAGUCAAAGCCAAAAAGAACAGAAGAAGUUAUCAUCAGAGUCUCCCAAGCCACAGACAAGUCUGUUACAACAUAAACCAUUGUUAGCCUCACCUACACAUGGGUCAGUAUUUGAUAAUUCUAGGAACCCAUCAACAACUUGUUUAUCGCGUCCUCUUGGAAGCAGUGCAGAGACACUUGGUCGCCAUUCAUCUCCUUCUCAUGCCAUUGGCAGUCCAAACAUUUACACUCCUUUGUCUAGUAUAGCCCAACAUUCGCAGCAACAAAAUCUUCUUCUUCAAUCAGCCAAUCAACAACAGCAGACUUUUUUAGUCAAUAUACCUGUGAUGCAAACGCCGCAGCCUACUGGUGGUAUUACUGGAACUCAGUCUAUAACUACCACUACUAGGGCUUCACAGGUUUUCCCUCACGGAUGCGGCCAAACUGUGGAAACAGUUGAUCGUGGGGGAAUUAAGACUAACAGUAAGCUAACUGUCAGUCAAAUUCUUAAAGGUGGUAAAAAGGCAGCAAAGCCAAUUCUUCCUAAUACAAUUAUUGUCAGUAGUGCGCUUGGAGGUAAUCAGCUUAUCCAGGUGGGACAGCAAAAAGUCAGUAUUCCAAAAGGCCACACACAGGCAACAAAGACGGUCAAUGUUGUCAAUAUGAUGCCAACAUCUAAUGCAGGAGGUGUUUCUCUGCUUCUGUCACCGAAGACAGGAACGAGUGGGAAGAUCCAAACAGCCUUGCCCACUGUGGUUUCCAGACAGGUGAUCACAACACUGCCCACAUCAGUACCAGGUCAGGUUUUCACCAGGACUCUACCCACAGCUGCCUCGCACCAGGUCGUCAGUCCAACACUUCCCACUCCUACCCAGCGACAAAUCACCACUUCAUUACCAACAUCCCAGCGACACAUUCUCACCACAGCUACCCCGCGUCCAGUAAUAACAAACGUUGUGGGGCAGUCACAGAUUACAGUACCCAUAAUGCAGUCCCCUACUGCUUCAUCUAUCGUGACAAGAGUUACACCUGCAGUCUGUCAGGUGACCUCAAACAGUAAUGUUGGAAGUGUUCUUAAAACAGUAGUGGGAGCUAUCAGUGAUCAGACUAAUGUUCGACCAACGUUACUUGCACAGAAAACUAAGGUAUUGCCCCAGUUUGGAGGACAACCAAGAUUUGGGACAACUCAAUUUCUUUUACAAGGUGUCACUCAGAUACAUCCUACACAGAAAGUGUUCCAAGUUGAUCCAAAGUCUCCUCAUAACUUUAAAACUGUUGUGUCAUCCCCGUCUACAUCUGCUACAUCCACCACUAUGUCAGCACAGAGCAGCUUGCUUUCCCCUGUUGUGUCCACAUCCUGUCUGUCCCCACUAGAUUCGUCCCUUACUGUGCUUACAGAUGCUCUGUCAGUUCACAACUACAGUGACAGUGGUCUCAAGUCGUCCCAACAGGACUCUGACCAGCCGUUUGGUACCAUUGUCAGCCCCAACAAGGUUCUACAGCUUGUACCUCAACCUAUCGUGCCAAUUUCCCAGGCCUCCACAGUGGUGACAACUUCUGUCACUGCCCAGAAAGGCAAACACAAACCAGACACUGAGUCCAAGGACUCCUUUGAAUCUCCAACUAAAGUGCGGGUUAUUGAUCAGGAGAGUUCUAGUGGCUCAGAUGAAAACUUUUCACCUAAAGAGAAGAAAAAUGUGUCAAAGAAAAAUUCAGGAAAUAAAGUAAGUGCGCAGUCCCCUUCAAAGCAUGCUAACUUUUACAAAAUGGUUGGAUCAAGUCCAGAUGUCAAUCAAACAGUGAUACAAACUACAAGUUAUAGUGCUUUCUCUGGAAAUUCCGAGAAAUGUAAAAAGCCGAGGGCAAGGAAGGCAGAUUCUGCAAAUAAAAAUCUGCAGACCAACAAGAAGAGGAAGUCUCCCCUAAAGCCAUCAUUGGAAGAGGGUCAGGAAGAAAAAGUGAAGAAACCAUCAACUACAAAGAAGAAAAAGGAAAAUUUAUUGACUGUUGACAGUAAUGGAAACUUGGCACCACCUGAUGAAAGGAAACCUAAAGUGAACAAAUCAGGUAGAUCCAGAAAUCCAAGCAAAGGAGAGAUAGUCAAAGCUAAGUCCAAGAGGGAUGUGGAGAACAAGAAAGAGGUUAAAGAUGAUCCUAGUGAAAGUAUUGAAAUUCCAGAUGCCAUUAUGACAGAGCAGUGGGCCCAGUCUAUAAAGGAACUAUGGCAGCACUUGCCAUUCGACUUUGAAGCAGAGAAGAGAUACAAUCAGGCCCUUGCCGCCAGAGAUCCCCACUGUGUUGUCUGUGUACUAUUUAAACCUUUCACUCAGUGGACAAUUUUACAGAAGUUUUCCGAUGAGUGCUUUAACCCUGGUCCUCUUCCACCAAAGAAGAGCAAUAAGAAAGACAAGAGUCGUCGGUCCCUGCCUAUGAUUCCUGAAAUGUGCUUCGCCUGUAGUACAGACAAUCCCCGGCCACUAGGUCUCAAUACAGUGCUGGACAAUGACGGCCUGAGUCCACUUCUUACCUGUGACCAGUGCAGGAUAUGUGUUCACGCUAGUUGCUAUGGGGUAACAGACUUUACAAAGAAAUGGAAAUGUACACGGUGUACCAAACAGAUGUUCUCUGCAGAGUGCUCUUUGUGCUGUCAAAGAGGAGGGGCACUUAAACCCACAUCUGAUGGCAAAUGGGCACACAUCAUCUGUGCUCUGGCAAUUCCGGAAGUGAAGUUUGAAAAUAUCCAGAAACGUGAACCCAUCAAUGCCUACAAAAUAACCAGUGAAAGAUCAAAACUACGGUGCUACUAUUGUAACCCUCUCCAGAACAGCGAAAAGACAUUUGGGGUGUGUGUUCAGUGCUCACAGGGUCGGUGUACAUCCUCCUUCCAUGUGACAUGUGCGUAUGCUGCUGGUGUUGUGUACGAAACCAGUGAUUGGCCGUUUCCUGUCUACAACACAUGCUUGCGACACAACAACAAGGAAAAAGAAAAGGGAGAGAGGAAAUUGACAGAGCUGAAGAAGGGAGACCGUGUGUAUGCCAAACACAAAAACACGCGCUACUAUGUUGCAGACGUGCUUAAGGUUACCAACCAGGUGUUUUACUCGGUCGACUUUGAUGAUGGCUCCUUCAGCGAUGACCUUUACCCAGAGGACAUUGAUAAUCACCAAGUGGAGCUGGGCCCUCCUGCCACUGGAACACAUGUCCAGAUCAAAUGGACUGAUGGAGACCUGUAUGGUGCUACGUUCAGAGGAGCCAAAACUCUUGUGAUGUACACUGUUGAGUUUGCAGAUGGUAAUCAUAGAGUAUUCAAGAGGGAAGAACUGUGGUCUCUUGAUGAAGAUCUUCCAAAACAAAUUAAAGCAAGAACAUCAGAGGCAACAGAAAGAAAAUACAGCAUUUUCUACACCGAAGAGAUUAAAGCGGAAGUGGAAACAGAGGGAAAACGGCCAAAAGCAAAGAUCUCCUAUUCAAAGCUGAAUGGAUGAACAAUGUUGUACUCAAUUCUUGUCUGUACUGAAGGGAUUAAAUACUAUGCAACACAGAAAGAAUAUGGUGUACAGCCUGCUUUUAACGUGGAUCUUAUUUAUCAUACCAGAGUUUACAUAACCUCAUAUUGACAUGUCUCGUGGCAGCUGUGUGCAAACUUUUCGGACAGAUUUUAAGACUGGAAUAUUUGCAAUAUUUAUUUUAAAGACAAUUUGAUUAAUAUGUUGUAUUACCAUUUUCAUUGCUUGUCUUAGAUGUAUUUGAAUUACCCCAAACAAGUGGUUGUGUUUUAGACAAAGUGGUACAGUGGCAGUGUGCGGUCCCUUUCCCAACAUUUUCUCGACCAGGGCAAUAUUACAAUACAGACAACAUUGGUAUUAUAAAUCUUGUUACCAAGGGACAGUCCAUUAGUUUUAGGCAGUUGCUGUUUACAUAAGUACAUUCAGAAGUUGUUUUCAUAUAUAAUUUAUAGUUUGAAUUAGUCAAAUUGUUCAUUCAGUAUUUAAAACUUUCUGACAAAUGUUGGCCAGGCUAUUUAAAACAAAUGUUCAGAAUGAAAAGAUUAUAUGCCAAGUUUAGCAUGUUGUCAGAAAGUAGCUGUGUUAUCCCACUGUUGGAAUCUAUAUGGUCUGGAAUUGUAAAUUGUAGCUGUAUUAUACUGAAGGCUACAGGCAGGGUUAAUCCCCCCCCCAAAUCUGUGAUAGUGUAUGUAGGACAUAUGUAUUUUGACCUAUUUUGCACAUUUGUUUUUUCCAAUUGGUUUUUUUUUUCACCCCUCUUCAAAUGGCAUUAAAUGAGAAACCUCUUGAUUAGAUAUACCUGUAAAAGUCAAUAAUCAUUUUCCCCAAAUAUAAGAAGAAUGUAUACAGGCUAGAUGUGUGUAGAACGACAGGCUCCGACAAAAGCUAGGGUACCACUAGUCCAAUGGAUACGAAGACGUGCCAUGAUCGUUGGGUGAAAACAGUUUUAAUUAUUAAGAUAUGAAUAUUGAUACUGUAUGAAAGUUCUUUUAUUAAGAUGAUUAUUUAGUUUGUGCAUCUUUCAUGCAUGGAUUAAAUUAUUUCUAGAAAAAAA